AUGCCUGCCCUACGGGCAGACGCAGGCCCUACUGCUGGUGUGCUACUCGAGGCGUUCUUGUAUGGCAUCUAUCUUGUCACGUUCUUUCGGGCGCUCCCGACGCUCUUAAGAUCCGCGUCGGGCUGGAAGCCAGUUUCCGACGUCCACUGGGCAACCCUCAGCGUGUUCCUUCUGUUGUGGAUAAACGGAACAAUUAAUCUGUGUCUUGGGAUCGUACGCAAUCUUCAAGUGCAACCAGAGAAGGAUUAUAGAUUUACGGAUUGGAUUAAUGUCGUUAAGCCAGUGAACGUUUCCUUACAGAUCCUCCUAGCAGGUGGACUACUGAUCUACCGCUGCUGGAUCGUCAACCUGCGCCGACGGAUUGUAAUUGUACUCCCGAUUGCCCUGUGGAUGGCAGGAGCCGCUAUAUCCAUCUACGCCUGCUACCUUCAAACAAGAUCCAACCUACACCUUACCGUCAACCUCGAGCUGCUGCAAAUGAUUUGGGCAUUAUUUUGGGCAAUAACGGUCGCUCUGAAUCUCUAUACAACAACGAGCAUAACGUACCGGAUCUGGAGAGUGCGACGAGAGUGUACCGCUACGCGUAGAACCGUCGGCCAUCUCAAUGAGCUUCUUGACGGCCAGUGCCCGAAGAGCGCUAACCCUGAUUUAGAAACCGCCUUCAGAAUAGUCAUCGAAUCGGGCGCAAUCUACACUGCAACUUCGAUUGCGGCCUUCGUUAGCGCCUGCUUUUGGAACGACUCCGUGUAUCUUACAUCGGCAGCGGAUAUCAUGGCAGUUGGUAUUGCCUUUAAUCUAGUCAUCGUCCGAGUCGCAAAGGAGCGAAAGAAUCAUGGUUUCUUCGGUUCAUCCGGAGCAAAGUUACUCAGAUUUGGAAAGACUGGACCCUCAACCGCAUUAUCCUAUCUCAACCCCUCCGUCUACCUAUAA